CUCAAAACAAACGGAGAUUCUGACUUUACACGCGUUAUUGUUCUGUUUACUUGUUGCCUUCGGACGCGCGCGCGUACGUACGUACGUGCGUGAAAAAAACGCGUCAAUCGUCGUUUACCGCAUGUCCAGUUUACUCCUGGUGCCAAGAAAGUGAGACUUCGCCUGAAUUUGGAACAUUUUCAGUCAAUUAACUGAAAGCGCCGAACAUAUCAUUGUAACAGGGAUGUUUAACAGCUUUAAUUCACCACUUUCAAUAACGGAGAAAAAUUCUGAGGAAGAAUGUCCACCAGCAGAAGCCCCAGUGACCCCAACUGCACAGCUGACCUGGGUGCUCAGUACAUAACCGCCACACCAUAUUACGCCAAAACGCAUCGAAGCUUCUAUGAUGAGCUUCUGGCACACGGCAUUUUGAAGCCUCUGGUGGCGCCUGUGGAAGGGAUGCUAAUGAAAGAGGAAGGACUUCGCAACUUCGUCACCCCGAGGGGAAGCUCCUCCAUCGUGAAGCAUUACCUGAGAGAGUCGGCAGGAGCUGAGGUGUGCUUCGAUCACCACAUCACCCACAUCUACCAGAAGGGGGCAAGCUGGGAGGUACAACGAAAAGGCGGGGAGGCGGAGCACUUUGAUGCGGUGGUCCUCACCAUGCCAACCCCGCAGCUCCUGCAGCUGCAGGGUGACGUGCCGUCUUUGAUUGAAGGAGGUCCAAGGCAAAAGCUGGAAUCCGUGAGCUACUCCUCCCGCUACGCCCUGGGACUCUUCUACUCGGCCGGUGUUCGGAUUGACGUCCCGUGGGCCGCGAAGUACAUAGCCGACAACCCCUGCGUUCGCUUCAUCUCCGUCGACGAUAAAAAGCGCAAUGUAGAGUCAUCCACCAGUGGGCCGUCCUUGGUGGUCCACACCAGCGUGGCUUUUGGGGCGGAGCACCUGGAAGCUGCCGAGAAGGACGUGGGGUGCCUCGUUUUGGCCGAGCUGAAGAAGGUUUUACCAGGCCUUCCGGAACCUGUCAGCGUCAAAGUGCAAAAGUGGAGAUACUCGCAGGUUCUGAGCGCAGUGACCGACACGCCCGGUCAGCUAACGCUGCUCCCCCGGCCCUUGCUUGUGUGUGGAGGUGACGCCUUCGCCCACUCCAACUUCGACGGCUGCAUUGCGUCGGCCCUCAAGGUCUUCGAAGUCCUGAAGUCCUCUCUCUGAGAAAUGAAGGGUUGGAGGGUUUAACAACAACAAGGCUGUGCUGGAGAAGGACUAGCAGUGGUGACCUCUUCAUCACCGCUCCUCCCAACACCUACCUCCGAUGAUCAAUGCUGGCUUCUUGGAGAGGUUUGCCCACCUGUUGGAAGUCUUUCUUGACCAGCUGGAGAAGGCCGUACAAGACCUGGAAUGUUGAAGCUUACGACUGUCAGACCACAUUCGGCGGUACAAUGGUACAUUUUCAUGCUCAGAUUACAAUCGAACUAAUUAACAAUGUUCUUGCCACGUCUUCUAUGCGUAGCAGUCCUUGUGUAACCUUUGUCAGGCCAAAUAAAAUCCAUGAAUAUGGUCUGCGUGGCUUAUUUGUCAUCUCUUGGUCUCGUAACCCACUUAAAUCUCCCCUUAAUGACUUCGACUUCAUCAGAACCACUCCAUUGCUUCUCCAAGAAUCCCGAUGAGAUGGUGGUCCCUAGGAAGUCCAAUAACCGCCUUUUUCCACCAAGGAAAAUGUCAAAAUGCCCCCAGAAUGAGAGCACAUCUCGGCGUCCUAAAACAGUUGUCAGUCCUUAUCAUCCGCUUAUCUGCAGUUGUGUAACAAUUUGCAUGGUUUUUUGCGAUGGUCCCGCUAGCCCGCGCUUAACUUCCGGAAAAACAAACUCUC